AUGAUUGAGGAAGCAUAUCAAAAGAAAUUACCAGAAGCUCUCAUUGAUGACUACCAUCUCGAUUUUAAAAAGUCACUUCAAAUAUCAAAUUCCAAUCCAAAUAAUCAACGACCUGUUAAACGCAUUAGUAGAGACGGGAUGACAAUCGAGCCAAGACUUCGUGAAGCAAGAUUCAUGCCCAAUCCCAUUCAUUCUGCAACACCCUUUGCUGAACAUCGUUUCUUCUUAGGUUUAAUCGGUGAAGUUUUCAAGCAAUUCAAUGUUCACGAUAGUCAAGCACUUGAAACGCCAGCAAAUCGUCGACUUUUGAUUGAGAAAGCUGCUGAAGGUAUCAUCAUCGCAGGUAAACUUAUUGGAAAGGAAAAAGAAGCAGAAUGGACUGCACAACAACUUCGGAACGUUAUCGAUGAAUCAGAUCAACAACUGUGGCAAUGCUGUGCUCAUCUCUGCACAAUGGAAUCAUUUUUAUACAAAAAGAUGAAUGAAUAUAUGAGACUUUGCGGUAAUCAGAGUAAACUCAACCUCUGGAAAAGUAAAAUGGUUACAUUUGGACCGUUCGCGUAUCUUCUGCAGGCGCUGACAUUUAAAAACAAAGGUACGAAUGAAUACUCAAAGUUUUAUUUUUAUCGAGGAGCCAAUUUAUCUGAUGAUUUAAUUCAACAGUAUCGUGACAAUAUCGGGGCGUAUCUUACAUUUCCAGCCUUUACAUCAACAAGUCGAAAUCGAAAGAAAGCCGAGCAAUUUGGCAAUGUCCUAUUCAUUAUCCGUGCUGAUUCACUCAAGAGAAACUCGAUGUAG